UACAAGUAUUCUGCUCGGAAUAGCCAAGAAGAGUCGAAAAUGUGCCAAUGUGUAAACGCGAACCAUUCGGCGCUCGAAUCAACCAGCUGUCGCAGCCGCCGUACAAAUUAUCACAACGACGUCGAUUUCCAUCAUCAAUAUGGAUUUCGUUCAAGAAGAAUGGUCCUGCUAUAAAAUUUGGUGUUAUAAUUCUCUAAUCCUCUUUUCUGCCCAACAUUAUUCCUAACAUAGUACACGGUGUUUUGCCACGUGAUCCAUAGUGUUGCAUCAUGUUUUGCGUUGUAUCUGGGAAGUUUUCGCUCUGCCAUGCUCACUUGACUUGGUUGAAUCUCUAGUGCUUGAGUACUACUGUGAUAUAUCUCUCAACUGUGAUAUAUGUCCCAGUAUCUAUAAAAACAAAUGGAAGAGGAGUACGAAAGUAUAGCGCUUGUGAAACCAGAAAUUUUUGUAUAUCGCAUACCUCCAAUGGGUACGAAUAGAGGACAUAAGGCUGCAGACUGGAAAUUAGAUGCUCCCGAUUGGACUGGUCGGAUGAAAUUAGUGUCUAUCGGCAAACGUUUAGAACUUCGGUUAGAAGAUAAAACCACAGGCGCAUUAUACGCAAAGUGCCCUAUUGACGCUUUUCCCGGUGUUUGCAUUGAACCAGUUACUGACUCUUCACGAUAUUUCGUUAUUCGUCUAAGGAAUGACGCAGGCCAAACUGCCUUUGUUGGUUGUGGUUUCGCUGAUCGAGGAGACUCUUUCGAUCUCAAUGUCGCCCUACAGGAUCAUUUCAAAUACAUCGAAAAAGCUGCCGAGCUGGCGCAGGCACCAGCUUCUCAGCCUAGUCUAGACCUUGCUUUCAAAGAGGGACAGACUAUAUCUAUCAAUAUUGGCAAGAAAGGCCCUGACGGUCAAACGCAUCCUCGACCACGACCUCACCCACCAGCCGGAGGUGCAGUGCCAUUACUACCUCCUCCACCUGGAAGUUCUUCGAUACGGAGAACAGUACAACCACCCAACAAAUCUAGUCCCACCGGCGGUGAUUUACUAACCUUCUAA